UAGGAAAUUUUUGAUUUGAAACUGUAAGGAUGAAAUCAUUGUUUAAGAACGGAGAGUUGUUAAAUGUGAGUGAACAAGCUCCAUCACCAAGUAAAGACUUCAUUAACUUGAUUGUUACCAUGAAAGAGGUUAUAUGGAGAUAUUGGAAAAUUAAUCCUCAGUGUUUAAAAUCUGAUGUCAGCAUUGCUCCAUCAGAAAACCGACAAUCACAUGAUGAUUUUAUUCAUGAUUUAGAUUUACACUCUGAAGUAAAACGCGUGUUUGGAGUCAAUAUGUUGGUUUAUAUAAAGCAGCUUUGUCUUGGACAUUUUGAUUAUUUUGUUCGACUUUCAAACCCGUUACAAAUAUUGAUAAUGUCGUACAUGGAACUCGAAGACAUUGCUAGUUUGUCGCAAACCAACAAACAUUUUCAUGAGCUUUGCAACUCUGAGCAACUUUGGGAACAUAUUGUUGAGAGUCAUUGUGAUACGAUCACACCAGAGAUGAAAUUGUUUGCUGGUGAAGUUGGAUGGAAACAUGUAUUCUUUACUAACAAACUACAGCUACGAGCUCAAAUGCGCAGACAUCAGAACCGAGGGACGUUUAGCAAUGCCCCCGAUGAACAGUAACGUGCACGACAUAUACUGUUUUUAACAUUAGUGGUGCCAUAUAUAUAUUGCAUCACUGUGACUUUUGUAAACGCAGCUUAAGAGCAGAAAAACAAGUCAUUAACAAGUUUUGUAUUGCUUUGCAAUCAUUUUAAAGGUGUUUCAUUGCAUAUAAGUUGAGUUUAAUUAUCAUAAGCGAUAUGUUGCUUGAUUUGCUUUCUUUUUUAACCAUAUGCCUGUGAGUUAUUUUUAAUUUUUGUAUAAUUUUUCAUACAUAUUUUUCAAAAAGUAAAUUCGUUCAGUGAGACCAAGUACCUUGUUCCUUUUGUUAACUGUUUUUUUUGUAAUCUUUUAUUAGUGUUACACUAUUGGUUCAUAUAUAUUUUGUUAAUAAAAGAAA